AUGAGACAAGCUACUUUUUCAAAUAAACAAGAUGCUUCAAAUUAUGUUGCUCAAUAUAUUGUAGAUAAAAUUAAUAGUUUUAGACCAACACCUUUGAAACCUUUUAUCUUAGGUUUACCAACAGGAUCAUCACCUGAAGGUAUUUAUAAGAAAUUGAUUGAAUAUUAUAAUCAAGGUAAGAUUAGUUUCCAAAAUGUUGUUACUUUUAAUAUGGAUGAAUAUGUUGGAUUAUCCCCAGUAAAUGAUCAAAGUUAUCAUUAUUUCAUGUAUAAUAAAUUUUUCAACCACAUUGAUAUACCAAAGGAAAAUAUCAAUAUCUUGAAUGGAUUAUCCAACAAUAUUGAACAAGAAUGUAAGAAUUAUGAAGAAAAAAUCAAAAAAUAUGGUAAGAUCCAUUUAUUCUUAGGUGGAUUAGGUAUUGAAGGUCAUUUAGCAUUUAAUGAAACUGGCUCUUCAAGAGAUAGUAUAACUAGAAAGAUUGAAUUAGUACCAUCAACCAUAGAAGCCAAUUCAAGAUUCUUUGAUAAUGAUUUAAAUAAAGUACCUAAAUUUGCCUUAUCAGUAGGGAUCUCCACUAUAUUAGAUAAUUCCGAAGAGAUCAUUGUUAUUAUCUUAGGUAAAAAUAAGAAAUUUGCUUUAGAUCAAACUAUCAAUGGUAAAAUGGGAUCCAAAUAUCCAAGUUCUUGGUUACAAGAUCAUCCUAAUGUGUUAUUAGUUAGUGAUUUUGAAGCUUAUCCAAAAUUGUAA